UUUAAAUGCCUUCCCCAUCCCCCUGCCCCGUUGGCGGCUGACGCCAUCAGCAUGCGCCGUCCGGAGCGCUUCCCGCUCUGCGCGGAGCCGCGUCUAUUAAGCGCGACGGGGUCGGGACUCGGGGGCGGUGGCCGUGGCGGGCGCUGAGGAUGCCGCUCUUUGGAGUUUAUUGCACUCGAUUAGGGAUCGUUUCUCAGAAUCAAGGAGUUAGAAGUGAGAUUUGAGAUAAGUGAGGCCCAUCCAGUGCUGCUUGGGACGCCUCAGAAGGGAAAAUGGAGUUUUCAGGAAUGAAAAAGAAGAGUUUGCUAGGAUUCAAAGAAAAUAAUAAAAAAUCCAGCACUAGGGCUCCCUCUCCAACCAAGCGCAAAGAUCGGACUGAAGACAAAUCCAAGGACAGAUCCAAGGACAAAGUGUCCACCAAGGAAUCAAGCGAAAAGGAUCGUGGUCGGGACAAAACGCGCAAAAGGCGCAGUGCUUCCAGUGGUAGCAGCAGUACCAGCCGAUUGAAACUGAAUCUGCUUCUUUGUUUCUCUAGAAUUCUUCACUUUGGGUAUAACAUGAAACUGGUGCUGUCUAAGCCACCCAAAAGAGAUGAAAAAGAGCGGAAGAGACGGAGUCCAUCGCCCAGACCUACCAAAGUGCAUGUUGGGAGACUCACCAGAAAUGUGACCAAGGAUCACAUCAUGGAAAUAUUUUCCACUUAUGGGAAGAUUAAAAUGAUUGACAUGCCAGUUGACAGGUUAAAUCCACAUCUCUCCAAGGGUUAUGCCUAUGUGGAGUUUGAGAAUCCAGAUGAUGCUGAAAAGGCACUGAAGCAUAUGGAUGGAGGACAGAUUGAUGGUCAGGAGAUCACUGCUACAGCUGUACUGGCACCUCGACCUAGGCCACCUCCCAGGCGCUUUAGCCCACCAAGGAGGAUGCUGCCGCCACCACCAAUGUGGCGUAGGUCGCCACCUCGCAUGAGGAGAAGGUCCAGAUCUCCAAGACGCAGGUCCCCUGUUCGCCGACGGUCAAGAUCCAGAUCUCCAGGCCGAAGACGUCAUCGCAGCCGCUCCAGCUCAAAUUCUUCACGAUAAAGCGAAAAAGACUGGACAGCUUUUUAUUUUUUAACUUAAAACCCACCAGACUAAAUAUUGUACCUUUUUUAUAAUGGGCCUGGGUAAGGGGAAGUGAGAGAAAUCGAAACCUGGCAGUGAAGGGAAACUAAGAGGAGGGGUUUCCUGGCCAGUAGGCAAUCUGUGCCUUGCAGCUUCUAGAUUCAAGGCAUUGAACCUAAAUGCUUUAAACAUGGCUUUGGGUUGAAGGCUGCAAAUGUGGUAUAUUGUUUUCUGGACAAGCUACCAGUAGGAAAGAUGAUAUAGCCUCUGCUCCUCUAAUCAGCAGGCUGCUGCUUCAUGAAUUCCAAAGGCUUAGCAUGCCAUGCAGAAAAAACUAAGUACUGACCUAUUUGGGGAAUCAUAAGGCUGGCUACUACUAAGAGAAGGUGGUGGUGGUGGUGGGGUGGCAGCUAUGUCCAUGUCCAUCUCAAGGCACCAGUGCAGACCUUCAGACCUGGUGGUACCCAAACACAGAAAUCUGCCUCAAACUUAAAUACUCAGUUUGUCAUUCUGCUCCCAUGCCCCAAAUAGUGAGAUCAUAAAUUUCUGUUUGCCUAAAGAGGCAGAGUACUGCAGACUUGCAUGACAUUAAAGAUGAUGGUUUUUGGCCAGUCCCCCUGUAUGUCAUCUACUGCAUAUUAGAAACAGGCCAGGAAUCGAAGGACUGUUUUGUAACUGCACUCUUUAGGGAUCCCCUUGCCCUUCCUGAAGGGUUUUGGUACAGAUUUCACACAACCCUCUACCAAAUGGUGUAAAUGUUUCCACCUUUAGAAAACACAAUACUAACUGGCAACAAAGUAUCAAAACCCCACCUUACCGCAAUGAAAAGGGAGAGGUUUGAGAUUGAUGCUGCUUGGAUUAAUUUGGGUAAUCUUGCAAAAGGCAAGUAAUUUUACCAUCUGUUGUACAGUCAAGCUACAAAGUUUGUAUUUUUUUUUUUUUUUUUUGUGUCUAACUUUGUAGCAUCUUAGGCAGGUUGUGUUUGUAUUUGUGUAGAAUGACCAUAUUGAAUAAACCAAUAGGGUUAAGAUUAAAGAAUAUUAAUUAGUUCCUUCCCUGUAGACUAUUGGCCUCACCUGUACAUUGUGUAUAGAGGAAGCAACUAGAACAGCUCCUUUUUUUUCUUUUAAAUGUUAAGAUAAAAUCUUUUCCACUUAAGCCUGGAAAUGGUGAGCUUCAUGUUACUGGCAAUGGCAGCUGGCUGAUCAAGAGGAACAGUAAUGGAAUUAAUUUGAGCUAGAGAACAGUGAUUGUGGCAUGAGGCCAGUGCAUGCACACAGUAAAAAUAAAGCAAGCGCAGCUUGAA